AUGAACAUCACUAAUUCUACCCCCGCUGGAAUACGGGUUAAUAUCAUAGUACUUGCCUUCACCCUUGUUUCAAGUUUGGUUGUUUUUUUACGUCUUUUCACACGCCUGGUAAUAUCAAAAAUGGCUGGAUGGGAAGAUGCUUUUAUCGUCCUGGCCAUGUUCUUUUCAGUAGGACUUACGGUGUUAACCACCGAACAAGUAAUGAACGGAUUGGGAAAGCACACCUCGAGACUCUCCAAAACUGAGCUGGACAUAUUACUAAAGUCGUUCUGGGCGAGUGUCUGGGUUUACAAUCUCACCCUUACUACAAUCAAGGUCUCCAUACUUGUCCAAUAUUUUCGCAUUUUCCCCGUCCGUUGCUUCCGGAUAUCCUGUAUCGUCGUUUUGGUCCUCGUAGUCGCAUAUGGAGCUUGGGCAGUUUCCUCGAGCGUACUCAUUUGCACCCCGAUCGCGUUCUCGUGGAAUAAGUCGAUACCAGGCGGUAGAUGCAUGAACCAACUCACAGUAUGGAUUUCGAAUGCCGCCUUGAACAUCACGUUGGAUGUGGUGAUAUUCCUCAUGCCGCUAUUAGUCAUACGAGGGCUGUCAAUCUCGAAAUCGCAGAAACGGGGGCUAGGGACUAUGUUCAUCUUGGGUGCUAGCGUCACCUUGGUAUCCAUUGUUAGGCUCUAUUCUUUGGACGCCAUUGCCAAUUCAACAGAUGUGUCGUUUGACAACACGGAUCAUGCAACUCUGUCGUCAGUCGAGGUCAACGUAGGCAUCGUGUGCGCUUGCUUACCAGCUAUGCGGCCAUUGUUCGCCCUUGUGUUGCCCCAGUACUUUUCGGAAUCGCCCCGAUAUUUGAAGUAUCGAACCUUCAAAAUAGAUGUAGGGGCGGAGCGAAGAAAGUACCCAGCGUAUACCACUCGGCCUCCCACUGCCCACGUCACAAGGCCUGGCACCGCCCAAACCAGGCCCGCCACUGCCCAAAUAAGACCCAAUACCGCACAAACGAGACCUCGCACCUCACCAACAAGACCCAACACCGCA